UGCCGCACACAGAGAAAACAGGCAGGCUAUGCCGCAUAUUCACUGGAACGGAAAGUGCACGCGCUCCUCCUUCGAACUCCUCCACAGAACCAUCUUAGCCUAUUCUGUGCAAUACAAAUGUCAUAUACGUAGGCCUAUUGAUUAAUGUUGUAGUUAAUGAGUUCUAGAGAGGGUUUAGUACGUUUAAAUUAUCAGUUAUGGCGAAGUGGUCGGUUUUACUCUUCUACCUCCUCCAAGGACUGGUUCAUCUCAUUACCGGGCAGCAGCAGCCGCCACGCGAACGACUGGGGCCUUGGCGGCAGAGGAUUCAGUGGCAGAAUAACGGUAAGGUGUACAGUUUGAUGAGCACCGGGUCAGAGUAUCAACCACCGGCGCGGCCGAGAAGCCAAUCCAGAGUCUACAUGAGCACUGGGAGGGAUGGCACCGGUCAGACGCAGCCUGGAACGCGGGAAGGCACAAUGGCGCACAGAAGACCUGGACCAAUCGAAUCGAACGUAGGUGGACAUUUACGGGACCAAACCAACAACGUUCUAGAUCCUGGAUCAGCACAUUUAGGACAUGAUAAUAGACAGUAUCUGGUACCCAAUGCUCGCCAGUCAGGGUCCAGGUCGCAGCCCGAGGUGCCAUACCGAGCGGGAGUGGCGGGGUCCCCUGGCGCACGGCGCUACUCACCAGAGUACACUUACCGUGUAAACGCCUCCGUUCCUGGGCUGCUCCCCGAGUUCUCCGGUAGCGGCGUACCGAGGAGAGGAGCCCCUGUCUCUCAGGAUGUUACCUGGGAUGCUCGCUCGGGGCUUCCCGCCUCUUCAUCCCGAGGCAGGGAGGUAGUGCCUGUACCCGGCGUAGAAUACCAAGAGAUGCGCGCGGAGCCCGGUACAUCCAUCUCCAGGCAACCCGCACUAACGGAUACUUCCAACGCACGUUAUGUCAACCCUAACCGGAGGGGUACUCCUCCAGGACCCGGACCCGUUAACGCUGCUGAGACAUCGAAUGAGGCAGCAAGUACUGGCGAGGACAUGGUCUCGGACGACCCUCGGAACCCGUUUAAAAACCACCGGAAUUCCGUCUUCUACAACAUGUAUUCCUCCAGAGGCAGAACGCCCGUAGCACGCACGCGGCGGCCGCGUCCCCCGGCGUCCGUCCCCGGCACUAGAUAUAUUCAGAAUGGGCUCCCAGAUCUCGUCCCAGACCCGUAUGCCAUCCAGGCAGGUGCAUACAUCCAGCGGAUGCAGAUGUACUCGCUGCGCUGUGCGGCUGAGGAGAACUGUUUGGCGAGGUCAGCGAGCACAGCCAGGGACAUAGACUACAGAGUACUGCUCCGCUUCCCUCAGAAAGUCAAGAACCAGGGCACCACUGACUUCCUUCCUGUUAAACCAAGACACCAGUGGGAAUGGCACAGCUGUCACCAACACUACCACAGUAUGGAUGCCUUCAGUAGCUAUGACCUGCUAGAUGUGACAACAGGAAGGAAGGUAGCUGAGGGACACAAGGCCAGCUUCUGUCUGGAGGACACAGGUUGUGAUGCUGGAUUUAGACGCAGAUAUGCCUGCACCGCCCAUACACAGGGGCUGAGUCCAGGCUGUCAUGACACCUAUGCUGCCAAUAUUGACUGUCAGUGGAUCGACAUCACUGAUGUUCCUGCAGGAAACUACUUCCUGAGGGUCAUAGUGAAUCCCAGUUAUCAUGUUCAAGAGUCGGAUUAUUCCAACAACGUGGUGCGGUGUGAUAUCACAUACACGGGUACACAGGUUCAGACACGGAACUGUCGGGUAACCAGGGGUUAAAGCAUCCCAUGGAUUCUGAGGUAUUUUUCCUCUUGUCCCUUUAAGUACUGUAAACAGCAACAAUCUCAACCGGUUGUUGUGGCCAAUAGCUGUUGUAGAUAGAUUUUUUUUUUUUUUUUUUUUUUUUUUACAUUCCUCUGUUGAUGACAUUCCUUCAAUUCUUUAGUGUGUUAUAUGUUUGGAAAUCUGUACUAAAGAAGGCAUUUUGUUACUAAAUACCAAGGAUUAUGAGAUGACAUGACAUUGUGUAUUUUUAUCAGUACAACAAAUCCGUUGAAGAAGAGGGAUAUUUUUGUAUUGUUAUAAUAAUAAUAAUAUAAUAAUAUAUGCCAUUUAGCAGACGCUUUUAUCCAAAGCGACUUACAGUCAUGUGUCACAUUCUACGUAUGGGUGGUCCCGGGAAUCGAACCCACUACCCGGGCGUUACAAGCGCCAUGCUCUACCAACUGAGCUACAGAAGGACCAUUUUAGCAUUUGUUUAGCAUGAUCUUGGAGAAUAGAAUGGAAAAAGUGCCUGUGCUUGAAUUAGACAUUAUGCCUGCAUAAUAUUAUUUGUAUGCUUUGAUGUUUGAUCUGCACUUGUAGUAUCGUUAGAUGCAGUUGAGUACGUCUUUAAUAACCACUUCGUGGCCAUAAUUAAUACGUUGCAAACGCCUGGUCUUGUAUGUGCUAAGUAUCAAUGUAAUAACAGAUUUUCUUUUACUUUGUAAGUAUGUAUGCAUGUGUGAGCGAAUGUUUUUUAUUUUAAUUUUACAUUGUAAUGUAAAAUUGUUUAUAUGCCGCUCAAACCUACAUUUGGUGUUGUUUUUGUUGAGGGUGUUAUUCUAGAUACAAUAAGCAUGGUGAAGAGUGGGUGUAUUAAAAAUCAAUUCACCUCC